AUGUCGCUUCAAGCCUCUUUUAUGGGUCUCGCGGCCUUGUUGACCGUUGUGUCAUCCGCUGCCGUCAACGAUGGCUGCAAUGCGUUGGCCUCCAGCCACCCCGAUAAGACAUUCUUCCCCGGGUCAGAGCGGUACAAGUUUGAGAAUGAAUUCUCCUGGACCUCAACGACCUACCUCGGGCCAUCUUGUAUUUUCGCUCCGCAAGGCGCGGAAGAUGUGCAGUUCGCGCUUCAAACUUUCCGGGAGCACCAAGUACAAUUUGGAAUUCGUUGCGGAGGCGCCAUGCCCAUCGACAACGCCGCCAACAUUGGGCCAGAGGGGAUCAUGAUGGCUAUGACAAAUCUCACCAGCAUGGCUAUCUCAGAUGAUACCGAGACUGUCACGAUCGGGGCUGGUAUAACGUGGCCACCAUUGUAUGCGUACUUGGAUGAAUUCGGCGUCACGGCGAACGGUAUUCGCUCGGGCAACGGCGGAGUCGUCGGUGCCAUUCUAGGAGGGGGCCCCUUCGGGUUCAUGGCCUAUGAGUACGGAAUGUCGAACGCUGCGAGAUCUCUUGAGUGCGUCCUGGCUGAUGGCACUCUAGUGACUGCCAGCGCUAAGGAGCAUCCAGACCUGUUCUGGGCUCUCGUUGGAGGCGGCAACAACUACUGCAUUGUCACUAAGGCUGUUCUCAAUACUAUCCCGAUAUCUUCUGCCCUAAUCGGAACAGUUUCUUGGGGGUCUAAUGUAACAGAUCAGUAUAUCAAGAGUGUAGAGCAGUUUGCACUUCACGGCGCAGAGCAUCCCAAGGCUUCCUUCGAGGGUCAGACCCGCUGGGUGCCAUCCCGCAGCCCUGAUAUCUCUUUCGACGGAUACCUUUGGUACAGCGGCGAAGGGGACGUACCCAUUGGGCUGGAGAACUUUACUGCACCCAUCUUACCCAUCACACGAGGAAAUAUCUCGCGAACGACAAUAGGCCAAUGGUCUAAUGAGUUCAACUACGCUCCUCCUCUCGGAACUCGUGCUAUAUUCCACUGGCUAACUAGCAAUGCCAAUGCUACAGCUGCUAGGAUCGCUUUCGACACCUACUACGAAAGCAUCGCAUCUUUGGCAGAUGUCGAGGGUUUCUCAACCGCUUUCAGCAUGCUCCCAAUCACACCCAUUGUGACUGGAGCACCACGCGGAAACGCCAUGAGUCUAGGCGAAGAUGAUAGCCCGGCGAUCUGGUACGUCGAGAGUCCUCUGUGGUCGAAUCCCGAAGAUGACGAGCGCGUGCUCCGCGUACACUCCGAGGCGAACGAGAAGAUCCGGGCGAAACUUUCUGCCGCUGGGCUGGGGCCGCUUCCGUUCAUGUAUCUUAGUGACAUACAAAAGUCUCAGAUCCCUGAGACCUUCCCGGCAUAUGGAGCAAGGAACCUGCGAAAGAUGAAAGCCGUCAGGGACAAGUAUGAUCCUGACCGUGUCUUCACUGAACUUGUGCCAGGAGGUGCCAAGAUUGCCUUGGCUUAG